AUGGAGAUAUCGCGCCUGGAAAAAAGGCUGUCGAGGCUAACGCAGAUACUUGCCAAUCCUCCGGAUGAGAUCCCGCAGCCAACCCAUAACAAGAGAUGGUCAUUGACCUGGGUUCCCACCGAUCCUCGAAAAGCCCUCGAGCAAAGCAUCGUGGCCUGGCAGAACGACGCGGACGUGCCGCGGUGUCCGUACUGCCAGCAAGACUUCAGCCAGUACUCCUUCCGGCGACAUCACUGCAGAACCUGUGGGAAGGUCGUCUGUGGAGACCCGACAACUGGGUGCUCAACAGUGAUCGGCCUCGAUGUUGCUACUACUAACACCCACCUCACCAUUACAGAAAAGCCUGCGCCUAAUGAUACCGUGGCCGUGGACGUGCGCCUCUGUAAAGAGUGCAAUCAAAUGAUCUUCUCCCACCGGGACUUCCAGGCAUCCCUCACCUCGCCGGCGAUCGAAGCAUUCACCCGAUCGUACACCAAUCUCCUGCAAUUCGAACGGGGCAUUCGGCUCCUGCUCCCUAAAUUCCAGAAACUCCUCCAGGCCCUGCAAGACCCCGAUCAUCCGCCGUCAUCAAGUCAGAUCGCCGACGCGUCACGAACACGCAAGCGACUGAUGGAUUCGUUCACGCAGUAUGACACGGCGGCACGUCGCAUACGGGACAUGCCCAGCCAGUCGCCGACACAGUUGAAACUCCAGAAGGCUAUUUACCAGAACGCCACGCAGUUUCUCCAUCUCCACAUGCUGCCCUUAAAGUCGCUCCCGAAGGUCCUCAAACACGCGACGCCUCAUGGCAACAACACCAAACCUGUCGACUUGCACCACAACGCGAACCCUCGCUCUUCUCUGGCCAUCUUGAAUGGAGCCCACCACGCACGGAAGGGAUCCUCUUCCGCCGUGAGCGUCACUUCGUUCGCCACCACCAACUCGGCACGGAUAUCCGAACUCGAGGCCGAAGAAAAGUCGCUCCGCGAGCGCCUGAUCGUCCUCGAAGAACAGAGGUUCCUUGUGCAGGAGAUGAUUGCCGACGCGAACCGCCGGAGGAAGUUCGACGAAGUGGCCGCCCUGGCCGGCAACGUGGAAGAUUUAUCCGCCGAGAUCGAUGCCGUGGGCAAACUGGUGGAAGGGAUCAGGGGCGAGUUUGAGGGACUGUACACCAGCAACGGCCUGGGGAGCGGCGUGAACAGUCCACAGCGGAAGAACUCGGACCUGGGUACCGACAAGGGAAUGGGAAAGAUGAAGAGCGUCGAGAAUGGAUGA